AUGAUAUUUCCAUUCGCUUUAGAGUUGCCAUCAGCUCCAAGAAAUGUCACUGCUACGUUUCUCAACCAAAGUGUAAUCGGGUUAACCUGGAAGUCUCCUGAAGUAAUCGGUGAUCAAAGUCACGUGUUUUAUGACGUUAGUUGCCUUCGACCAUGUAAUAAUGAUACUCAAACGACGUGUGCUGAGGAGCCAUGUCAAAAUGACGUUCAAUACAUCCCUUUCAAUAAAGGACUAAAUACAACCACAGUGUUGGUGACGAAUCUUUCUCCAUUCGUUAAUUACACGUUCAAAAUUUACGCAAGGAACAGGGUUAGUGAAGUGGCCAAGAGGAGACAUGGCAUUGAAGGAUACUUCACUGUAAUAAUUUUGACAACUAUUGGUACAGGUAAGUCGGUAAAAAAAAAAACAACCAAACAAACAAAGAAAAUAAUAACAACAACAACAACCCAACUACCACACCACCAACCUUAAGAACCUCUUUCCAACAAAGAAAACUGCUAGGUUUUACAAAUCACUGUACAUGUAAAUUUAUAUCAGCCUAAGAGCGGAGCUCCUGCAUACGUACUGUGCAAAGUUCUAUUUUACUAGGUUACCAGUUAUAAGGGCAAUGAAAGCCAUUGAUUUCACCCCAUGCAAAGCUAGUUUCUGGAGAACUUCAGGAUUCUCUUUUAAACUCUGAUGACUUUUUGACAAUUUGUUUGUCCAGCAGAUCACUGUGAAGGUACUUUACAUACAUAUAUUUGGGCUAAUUUUCUAAUUUGCGUUUUUUUUUUCAAUCUGAUUAUUACAUAGUAUUAUUACUUCAUUGGCAAUAUUUUUAAUUUACGAUCUAGUUCCUGGUCGACCUGAGCUCUUCGUUAAACAAAACGAAGUUACAGUGUCAGUUUCCUGGACUCUACAGCACAAGAAUGGCAUUAUUAAGAAUUAUGAAGUCACAUACGUACGAGAAGAUAAUUAUAUGGAUAGAAGAAGUAUUUCAACAAAUAAAACAAAACACGAAUAUAAAGAUUUACAAGCUGGAAAAACGUAUGAAUUUCAGGUAUACUUUAAACACCAUAUUUCCUCUAAUGCUAAUUACUUUUUUAGAAUGCUAAUUAUUAUCAUUAUUGGCCUUUUAGUGUUCUUCUGUUUUUGCUCUCAUUCACAAACGCACAAAGUACCGAAUUGACAGAAGCAUAGUUAAUAUAGUCGAAUGGUUAUGAAGUCCGUUAGAGUUCUUUGUUAUGUUUUUGUUAGCACUGUGCACUGUCAGGAAGCAUCCAGCGCAAACUGUGGCAUCGUUGUUUAUAUCGGUUUUGACGUUUGACAGCUUUCAUAAACAGCACCUACCUUUAUCCAUGACGGAAGAGAGAAUGUUGGAAGACGGGAAAGGAUACAGUCUACUCUCUCUAAGACGCACACCUUUGAGCUCCCUUGGGAACCGGCACUUGGUGUCCAUCUCAGGGGGUCAAAUAAAGGGAGUAAAGAAAGGAGGGGGCCAACUCUAGGAUUCCAUUUUACAGAGGUGUCCGUUAAGAGAGAGUCAACUGUGAUUGGCUAUUUUCGUUUUCAUAUGUUUAAACAGGUCUCCAACAGCGCGGGGCUUGGAUUUCUUAAAAAAACUCGCAGGAGGACAUUAUUCUCAGAUACCUAAACGUACAAACACACAUGCCCCGAUAUACAAGGCAGUUUAAUUUUUACACCUGCACCGUUGAGUCUCUCAACGUCCUCUUUUUAAAAAAAAAGAUAUAUUUUUUUUUCGGACAGAGAUUUCAUCUAUUUAUUUGUUUAUUUAUUUAUUUGACUACAAUGUAAAGCAAAAAUAAUUUUCGAUCUACUGUAUAUUUUUGUCAAGUUUGCAUAAUUAAAAUUAAAUAGCUCAUUUUCUUCUUUAAGGGUUUUGGAAAUAUGUUGAAUGAAUAAUAAAACUAUUAUUGAAUUCAGCUUUCAUAGGAUAUGAAGAAUUAUGCUAAUCUCGGAGGUUGUUAUUCACCUCGGCCGAUAACACCCUUCUUGAUCUGCUCAGCCUCAUUCAAUAACGACUAAAUAUUCUGAGUUGCAUGGUCUUUCAGAGAUACGUGUACGUUCAAGGGUUAGCAUACUGCAUUGAUAUAUCCGCUUACUCUUCAAAAUGCCGGGUCUAAAGUACAGGUCACAUUCCACAGGUCAAGGGAACAGGUCGCUGCUCCAUUGAUAAAUUACCAAACCACACAGAUUCCCCAUUUUUUUAAGAUAGUAGGGCUAGGAGACACUUUUAAUGCUGUUCAUUGAUCGGUAUGAUGGUGACCUGUAGUCUGACUUGUUGAAAAGCGACUUGUAUUUUAGACCCGCCAUCUUCAAAAGCAUAUAAUUUAUUCGCGUGUCGCAGCCUAAUAACUUUAAACAAAAAUGUAACUGACUACUCAGUUUUGCGCCGCUUUCAGGUAUUUGCCGAGAAUAACUAUGGAAGAGGACCUAUCGGGGUAAAAAAAUUUACAGUAAAAAACGGUAAGUGUUUAAACUAGUGAUAGGCUCAGUUCGAUACUAAGGCGACCAUGAAUAUUUAUGAUCACGACACAUUGAAACUUUGAAAAGGAAACUGCUAAAACGGCUGACAGAAUGGAUCAGUCGAAGAGGUUAUUUACCUUACAAACCAUUCCUUCUUCACUUCAGCUGUAUGUCUGACGUCACAAGUACCAACAACACGAUGAAUCCAAAUUAUCAUUUUUGUUGUUGUUGUUGAUGCUUAACUGGAGAAACCUUGAAACUUUUGAUCCUUUUUAUCUUCAAAUUGAUGAAUUUAUCAGUCUAUCUUUAUCUAUUUAAAAAGAACAGUACACUCUUGAAGUCUAUUUUUUUGUUAAAACCCGUCAAAAAACAUUAACCUAGAACGGCCGAAAAAGAAACAAACAAAUAAACACAAACAAACAAAGCUAAACAAGAAUAUUCGUUUAAAUAAUCGAAUUAUCGCCUCUUGGAAUACUGAAAUUUAUUGAACAUGCAUCGACUGAUACACUAAUUGAUUGAUUGAUUAUAGGUGGUGAUGGUUUUGAUAAAUUGGUUGUUCUUAUUACUGCUGGAGGUGGAAGCCUACUGUUCGUUUGUGUUGUUGUAUUUAUCAUUAUCAUUUUCCUUUCGCGACGAAGGUGGGUUUAACAAAGUUUAACAUAGUCUUAUGCUGUAUAUUUCAACUUUUUGUUNAAUAUUUAUGAUCACGACACAUUGAAACUUUGAAAAGGAAACUGGUAAAACGGCUGACAGAAUGGAUCAGUCGAAGAGGUUAUUUACCUUACAAACCAUUCCUUCUUCACUUCAGCUGUAUGUCUGACGUCACAAGUACCAACAACACGAUGAAUCCAAAUUAUCAUUUUUUUUUUGUUGUUGAUGCCUAACUGGAGAAACCUCGAAACUUUUGAUCCUUUUUAUCUUCAAAUUGAUGAAUUUAUCAGUCUAUCUUUAUCUAUUUAAAAAGAACAGUACACUCUUGAAGUCUAUUUUCUUGUUAAAACCCGUCAAAAAAUAUUAACCUAGAACGGCCGAAAAAGAAACAAACAAAUAAACACAAACAAACAAAGCUAAACAAGAAUAUUCGUUUAAAUAAUCGAAUUAUCGCCUCUUGGAAUACUGAAAUUUAUUGAACAUGCAUGGACUGGUACACUAAUUGAUUGAUUGAUUAUAGGUGGUGAUGGUUUUGAUAAAUUGGUUGUUCUCAUUACUGCUGGAGGUGGAAGCCUACUGUUCGUUUGUGUUGUUGUAUUUAUCAUUAUCAUUUUCCUUUCGCGACGAAGGUGGGUUUAACAAAGUUUAACAUAGUCUUAUGCUGUAUAUUUCAACUUUUUGUUAUCCCUUUUUUACCCUUGGCUGUAACUUCUUUGCGUGCUUUUCCUGAAGCAUUGUCUUGUAAAAGAAUUUAUUACUAUCAUCAUCAUCAUCAUCAUCAUUAUUAUCGCUAUCGGUAUUAUUAUUAUCAUUAUUAUUAAUAUGUUUUGCUGUUGUGCUCAGAGGGAUUACUUAUUAAUCAUUUUAAUUUACACUAGAGGCUGAGGACCAAUUUCAUCCCUAGUAUCUUCAUAGCUUCAGCUGUCACAAUUCUUCGAGGGCGCGAAAUAUUUGAGUCUUAAUUCUCUGGAUAGAUGAAUAAACGCUAAGAAGUUUCUUGAUAAUUAAAAUAAUUCUAAUAACAAGAAUAGGGGGCGGUCGCUGUUAGCGACAGACAAUCUGGUAAAGUGAAUACAUAAGUGUGGUCAAAAUAGACAUGCUUGUGUAUCCUUGAGUACCUUACAAUUUGUCUAUUCCUUAUCUUAGGAAAAGUUUACAGAGGGAUUAUAUAAGAGGCACUGAGCACGGUGAGGCUGUCUCCUUAUUAAACAACUUAAUCAGUACUGGGGGAAGACCAAGGCGACAAUAGCAAUCGUCCCAUGACAACUUUAUUUAAGUGUUCCAAUCAGCUCAAAGGCUCGUAUCCAUAGGGGAUAUGCGUCUUAAAAGUACAGUAGAACGCGGAUAACUCGAAUACCCUGCUAACUCAAACUAAAUUUCCUUUCCCUUGAUCAAAAUUUCACUGAAAUUUACCCUGAUAACUCAAAGUCCCCACUAACUCCAACUGUUUUUCGUUUCCCUUCAGAGUUCGAGUUAGUGUGGUUCUACUCUAUACCCUAUACUCCUACUCCUACUCUAUACUCUAUUUUAUUUGUUUAAAUCAACGCUAAUGUAAGGUAAGGUUGGUUACUUGCUGAAACGUUGCAAGUGCUCACAUGGCCGCCAUAUUGGUUUUCUCUAAAACCGCGCAGUGCGAAAGUGGGAAUAGAAGUCAUCAAAAUCAACAGAAAAAAAAUCAAAACGACAACUAGAUACAAUACAAAAUGAGAGGCAAGGGGGUUAGAAAAGUAUUUUCAACAUCAGUCACAGCCUUUACAGUCAUUGGGCAGGAAUCAAGGUUUAGAGGGAAAACAUUUUUAUCAGGGCCAGUUGGCCAUUAUGUAGGGGCUAUUUUGGGCAAAUUGUAUGGCUUGGGACAAUGAAAUGCAGGCCGUCGCUGUUGUUCAAUGGUGGCCUUAUGCAGACGCUUGGCUGACAAAUAGAACGACCUCUGUUCGUUUUCUCUUUCAUAGGGAGUGACCUUGGUCAGCAGCGUUACAUNGGGGGUUAGAAAAGUAUUUUCAACAUCAGUCACUGCCUUUACAGUCAUUGGGCAGGAAUCAAGGUUUAGAGGGAAAACAUUUUUAUCAGGGCCAGUUGGCCAUUAUGUAGGGGCUAUUUUGGGCAAAUUGUAUGGCUUGGGACAAUGAAAUGCAGGCCGUCGCUGUUGUUCAAUGGUGGCCUUAUGCAGACGCUUGGCUGACAAAUAGAACGACCUCUGUUCGUUUUCUCUUUCAUAGGGAGUGACCUUGGUCAGCAGCGUUACAUCGACCCUACGAACUAUAGUGAUCUAAUGGAGCUUCUCACUACGCUUACAACAGAAAUCGAAAAACCUAACAUAAAGUUGCAGAGGUUUGUUGGACAAGGUAACUUGCCUUUUAUGAGCGACUAACGACUCUGACAGCUGAAUAUCGUAUUUAGCCCUAAUGUUUCUAAUCUUUGUUUUGUAUCAUUAUAGGUGAAUUCGCUGAUGUCUACAAAGGAACCUUGAAGACACGAAAUGGUAGAGAUGUCGUCGCGGUCAAAGUGUUAAGGGUAAGUUCAAUCGGCUGCAGAUCCUUAACGCUUGUAAUGGUCGUCCUCUUCGCCGUCAUCAUCAUCAUCAUCAUCAUCAUCAUCAUCAUCAUCAUCAUCAUCAUCAUCAUCAUCAUCAUCAACAUCACCAUCGCUAUUGAUUUCGUCAACGUCUAAUCAAUCACCACCAUUCCUAAUCAAACUGAACCUUGGAGAACGCAAAACCAAAUCACGUCUUUGUGCCAGUUCUCUCAUCUGCUAUGACUGCUAUGUUAGAGCUUUAUUGAUUUUUUUUUCUUGACGGCCAAAUAAGUUACAUUUUACACGUGUCCUAGAGAGUACAAGGCGUAAUACACUUGGACGUGAAUUUAGCUAUAUGCGACGACUGCUGGCAUUUAUGUGGUUUACCUACUAAUCUCAGAACUAUAAUGUGUUAUUUUUAAUUGUUCCUUUUAGCCCGGCUCGAAUGAGAAGAACCAGAAAGAUUUCUUAUCCGAAGCGUCAAUCAUGGGCCAGUUCAAUCAUCCAAAUGUGAUCAAGUUAGUAGGAGUUGUCACAAAGAGUAAGUGAAGCGAGCGAAUUAUUUUUACCAAGAAAUGCGAGCUGAAUAUCAUGAAAAUUUUCCACAAUGCCAUUUGGACGUUUAUUAACUCAUUGCAAUGUGUAUGAAGGAGUUUUUCCUCUUGAUCAUGAAUUUAAUAAUUAAUAUUUUUGUAGGCAGGCCAAUGAUGAUCCUCACAGAGUUCUUGGAAAGUGGAUCUCUGGAUAAGUUUUUGAAGGUAGCCUGAUAAUUACUGGUCCUAGGGAUUAUAGACUGAAGGCGCAAAAUGAGAUAAAGGGCUCUUCACAUUCUCUAUUGACUUAUCUACUGUGCAAAUAUAUUCUUUUAAUACGUUCUGUGUGCUUGUUUCAGGAGCAUAAGGGUCUGCUCACAAGCCUUCAGUUAGUCGGAAUGGCUCGAGGUGUAGCUUGUGGCAUUGUGUAUCUCUCUGAAAUGAACUUAAUUCAUCGGGUAAGAUACUUAUAAUAAUAUAAGGUAUCGAUUGGAAGAGAUGAAUUUUAUUUUGAACAAAUAAUUACACUAUUUCCAUGACAUCGAAAUCGGCAAUUUGCUUUCGGAUAAUGAAACAUUAAAUUAUGCUUGACGAAAUUGACACUAACAAAGUAAUUCCUCCUAUAUUUUUAAUCUUUUCAAUAAAUUGAAAACAGCGAAUUUCCUCUUGGAUUAUUUCGCUUGGUUUCUAGGAUCUGGCUGCUCGUAACAUUCUCGUUGGUGAGAACAUGUUGUGCAAAGUUUCUGAUUUUGGUCUGUCAAGAGAGCUGGCAGAGGACAGUCCGGUUUACGAGACACAGGUACAUUUAAGGUGUCCUGUUGCCCACUCCAGAAAUAUAAGGGGAAUGGGUACAACCUUUCGGCGCAGCGAUUUCAAGGAUCGUUUGUGUGGACAAGCGUUACUCAUGAUUGGUUAAUACUUACCUUGCGUACCAUGGAUCACUACCUAAGACUUGUCCACCUAACCAAUCCCAGAAAUCACUGCACCCAAAGCUUGUAACAAUUCCUCCUGGAGUUCUGAAGUAAGGAAUAAGUUGAUUUUCAAAGAAGUAUUCCUGAGUUAAAAGUAAUCAUAUUUUACACGCGCAGACGGACCAACAUGUCUGUCUUGCCGAACCACUUGACUUCAUUCAUGCUACUUGUUAGUCGCUUGACAUAUCUGUAUAUUCUAAAUCAACCUCUAAACUUUCAUUUUAGGUGCUUUUUGUCCUUGAAGGAAAUUAUCUCAAUUAUAAAACUUUUCAUGUUAUAAAAAAAAAAGAAAGAGAUAUGCAACAUAAUGGAGUUUUCCAACUGUGGCAGAACAGCACUUUCCUUGCAACAAAAAUUUAAAUUGAGUAUAACCACGAGAAAACAUAAAUCACAAUACAUCACAUGACUUACAAAAACAGAAAUGUUUGCCCUGAAUGCUUUGUAGAUACCUAACGAAGUUGAGAAGAGUGGACCCCAUGUAGAAAAUACUUGCAUCUCGUUUAACUGUUUUUAAAGGGGGGUAAAAUCGCAGUUCGAUGGACCUCACCAGAAGCUCUUCAGUACCGCAUGUUCAGCUCAGCAAGUGAUGUCUGGAGUUAUGGCAUCCUUCUUUGGGAGAUAAUGUCAUUCGCUGAUCGACCAUAUUGGGGGUGGAGCAACAGUGAGGUAUGUAAAAAAAAUCAUCGAACAUUUUAUCUUUAACAAUCAUUAUCACAUUACAUCAAAAAGUGCCAAAACCCAAAAUGGAUAAAGCUCAUCAGUAAUGCUGGUUAUGACGUCAUCAGGGGUACGUAACGUCAUUUGUCACCGAACAUUACAAAAUAAAGCCGCGUCUUCCAAAUGAAUCUAAAUUCAAGACCUUUUCCAGACUUUCGAUUAAAUUAUUUUCUAGACUGGAGGUUAUAAUCUAAAUAACCGAUUGAUGAAUUUACCUCAAGGUUAUCUAAAUAAGCGAUUGAUGGAUCAACCUUUUCAGUAAUGCUAUUUAUGAACUCAAGUCAUCUCACACAACGCCAUCCGUCAACAGUCUUACAAAAUAAUGCCUCGUCUUCCAAAUGAAUCCAACUUCAAGACCUUUUCCAGACUUUCUCUAAAACAAUAAUUUCUUUCCCAGACCCAUGCUUAUUUAAAUAAGCGAUAGAUUGUUUUUUUUUUAAGGUUGGCCAUGUCCUGUUUCAAAACACCGUUAUGUCAACAUGUGGUUGCACGUCUCAUCUGUGUUCUUUCAAGACUUUAAACAGUAAGACGCUAGUUUAUAAAAUCGAAGUCUUCUCGAUCAUUAAGUUUAUAUUCUGAACAACAACAACAACGAGCAACCAAACAGACAAAACCAAAAUGUUAGUUUAAAACAAAAAGACUCCAGGUUUUAUCUGUCUUUUCAGACUUUCCCACCGUCUGGAAAACUGGUUUGCAAAUUUUAAGACGUUUUCGAUAAUUCAAGACUCCGUGUGAAUCCUGAAAUAAGGGAGAAUAGCUACUACAGCCGGGUAGUUAUGCGAAAUAUACGCAUGAAAACAUUAAUAAAGAAACCAGGACAGUUGGCAUUCAAAAACUCCUCCCAAGCCACGUCUCUGUUUCUUAUUAAAAUUCAAAGCUUCAGUACGCAAUAAAAAUUACAAAACAAUUGUGUUAAUAUGUAAGUGUUUAUAACCACUAAUUGUAACUGAUUUUGAAUAGGUGAUGGACCGAGUACAGUUUGGCUACCGGUUACCUGCUCCGAAGGUAAUUUUAUUGUACUUCGAAAACCAAUACUAACAAUUUAUUAAUAUGCAAAAAUAAGAAGACACACCCAGAAGUCAGAUCAUCGGAAAACAUAGUUUUAAGUAUGACACACAAGGAUUCGUUACCAUUACUGAGUUAUGCUCACUCGACUCAUACAGACUGUAGGUGCUUUCGUUUUCAUUCUAUUGAUAGCGUUUCCACUAUGAAAUUAAGUCAAAAAUUUGCAAGAGGGCAACAGUAAAUUGCGUAACAAAAACUGAAAGGAAGCCUGAAAUAAUAAAAAGAAACACUUAGAGAUUAAUUAAGCUAACUGCAAAGCUAGAUUAACUGUUUUUUGAUUAAUCUGUCCUUGCGACUAAUUUCCCUUCAUUACGUUUGGGAACCUCACAUUGGUUUAAGAAUAAUGAAAAGCUUUAAUUUGAUAUGAUUUAAUAUUACUUUGCGAAAUGACCUUAGCAAUCAGGUUAUACGUUUGCAUCGCUUCCAAUUAACGAACAGUACGGGCGUUUCCUUUUCUGCCUUUCAGGAUUGUCCUGAAAUCAUUCAUGGUAUAAUGAUGGAUUGCUGGCAGUCAGACCCAAGCAAAAGACCAAAGUUUGAAGAAAUCGUCAAUCGCUUGGACAAAAUAAUUCGCUCCCCUGAAGUCUUAGAAAUUGUUCCUUUGCUCCAAUCAACGCUAGAAACGUGAGUAAAUAAGCUCCCUUGUCUGCAAAAUCACACUUUUACUCUUUUGUCGCCGUGAAAAAAACAACAACAACAACAACCAAAAAAAACAACUAAUAACCAGUCUAAAACUCCAGAGAUCUCACGGCCUCUUUAAACAAUCAGUAGGGCCAGGGUACACGCGAACUAUUUCGGAGGCAACUUCUUACGGUUAUAACAUGUAAUAAAAAGAUGAGAACAAAUAGAACGUUGGACUAAAAGAGAGUAUGCCAGGGCGUUACGCCAGAUUCCAGAGAGGCUAAAAUUUGACUCCAAGGUGCAUAGCAUAGCUGUUUCACUUGCUAAAAUAAUAAAGGUAUAUCGCUAGCCUGCUAACAGGGAAGAGGCGAAAAUAAAGAUUCGAUAAAAACAAGCCAAAAGAAAACUCCGGAAAGGACUGAUGACUUGUGAUUUGCCCACCUUCCAUAAAAAAGCCUGUCUAAGGUUAGUGUAUAGAAGUUAACUUACUGAUUGAUGCUAUUUUCAUUUCAGAUCUGAAGAGAUUGAUGCUCCACAAUUCGAGUCUGUCGACGAGUGGCUUAACUUCAUAAACAUGGAAUGUUAUCUGGAAACAUUUCAAGCAGCAAAUGUAGACAGUCUUGAUAAAGUUAGGGGACUGAGAGACGAAGAUUUAAGAGAUAUGGGUGUUAAGCAAAUCGGACAUCGAAACAAGAUUAACAAAAGCAUUAAGGCCAUAAAAGAGCAGCAUGCUUACAGCGUCCUGGAAGUAAAUGAACUGGAAGUAAAUGAAACUUUCUUUUAA